AGAGGAGGAGCAGGUGCGCGGCGGGAGAGGCUGCUGGGCUCGGCAUGGUGCUGCUGGUGGUGAUGGGAGUGAGCGGCUCGGGCAACUUCUGUUGAUCUAAAAGUUAAAAGCAUCUUGUGAUGGGUGAAACACUGCUGGAAGUCACUGCCAAACUGAUGUAACCAAAGAUGACAACUGACUGCUUUUCAAAUAAAACAAGUGUGGCUGCAACUUUCAAAGUUUUACCAGGAGCCCUGCUGUUUCUAAAAUCUUAAUUUAGGAUAACUUUUAAGAACUUGCAAUAAUCCACUGUUGGGUCACAUCUGGCGGCUAAACUGGGAUGGAAAUUCUAUGAUGCUGAUGACUAUCAUCCUACAGAGAACACAAAGAAAAUGGCUCAAGGAAUACCACUAAAUGACCAGGACAGGAUUCCAUGGCUUUGCAAAUUACAUGAUAUAUUAAUGAGAGAAGAGUCAGCUGGACAAAGUGUGAUUCUGGCCUGUUCAGCUCUGAAGAAAAUGUAUAGACGCAUAUUAGUAAGUGGAGGGGAUGCUGUGUAUUCUAAAAGUGAUCAGCUAGACUCUGCCACAGGGAAGGUCCUUUUUAUCCAUUUGGAUGGAUCUAUGGAACUCAUUGCCAGCCGCCUGGAGAAGAGGAGAGGACACUUUAUGGCACCCGAACUUCUACAGUCUCAGUUUGAUACACUGGAGCCUCCAUCAGCACCAGAAAACUUUAUCACUGUGAGUCUGGAAAAGUCUGUUUCUGAAAUAGUGUCCGAAAUUGAGAAAUCUCUUCACUUAGAGAAAUGCUUUUCCAGAGUAGUUUCUGAAUUAGAUGCACAUUAAUUCUUUUAACCAUGUCAUAUUUGUGGAACAGCAUUUUAGUUGCUUUCUCAAGUUAACCAGCAUGGUUUGCAAUAUUAACUUCAUUGGCUUGACAUACUUUAAAGGGACUGGGACACUACUAUUCCCCUCCUUCCUCCCUCCAACUCCUGGUGAAUCAAGAUCCAAAGCCCUUGGAUCUUAAAACAAGGAAAGUACUUUUUGAGGAUACAGACUAACACGGCUGCUACCCUGAAACCUACUAUUAUUGAUGUUUUCAUUAAGACCUGUUCAAACCUGGAGAUACAAUUUUCAGAAGUGAAUGGCAUUUGCCUACCUCUUCGUCCAUUUAAAUCACAGGUGAAACUCCCAUUGGCUUUGAUACAAACGGGUAGGUCAACACCGAGUGUUUCUGACAAUCCCACCCUAGGGAUUUAGACAGAACAUGAAAAUCUCAACAAAUGUAGCUUUCACUUUUUUUCCUGCCAAAAAACAGAAAUUGGCCCCAGUCAUUACUACUGACAUUUAAGUGUUGAAUGGACACUUGAAAGGUGAACAUCCUUUUAAGAGAAGGCAGAGUUCUCUAAUAGGGCAGAGGGACAGGAGCUGGGACAGCAGGGUUCAGGUUCUGACUCCACCAUUAGUUCCAUGCCUGAUCUGGAACAAGUUACAACCUCUGUGUCCGUGUCCACAUCUGUGAAAAUACUUGCUGACCUCACAUGGGUGUUGUGAGAUCUCAUUGAUUCUGACUUAAACACAGUGAACUCCUGUGGGAGGGAGAGAGCUAUGUAACUGCAAAGUAUUAUUCUACCUCAAUCUUUAACAAUAAACUAAGUAGCACUGUA